ACGCGUCUCCCGUUUCUCAAGCAGCGGAACUCACUGCCCUGAAAGCUAAAGCCUCCCUCCCUUCCUCCCCUUUGAAAUUCUCGAGAUUUUCCCUCUCAUCGCCCGCUCUCAUUUACUACUUACCAGUUGCCUCUCUUUCGCCAUUUUACUCUCUCUCUAUUUCUUUCUUUUCACGUUACCACUUCCAAUCCCAUUUCAGUUUUCUUUUUAUUUCUCUCAAACCCUAAAAAGCCGCAUUCUGUGAACCCUAGCGCAGCCACAAACGCGCAACAGAAACCACAUUCUAUCCGAUCAUGGAAAUUAGUCCAGAGUUCCUAUCUCAAUGUUUUCUCCAUACUCUCUCUCCAGCACCGGAGCCACGACGCGCCGCCGAAGCCAAACUCUCCGAAGCUGCCGACCAACCAAAUUAUGCCCUCGCCGUUUUACGCUUAGUUGCUGAACCCUCCGUCGACGAGCAGAUCCGCCACGCUGCUGCCGUCAACUUUAAGAACCAUCUCCGCUCACGAUGGGCUCCAUCACCGGAGUCUUCCCUCUCCCCUAUCCUCGAUGCCGAGAAAGCUCAGAUCAAAACCCUAAUCGUUAGUCUCAUGCUCUCCUCGACUCCUCGCAUUCAGUCACAGCUCAGCGAAUCGCUUUCUCUCAUUGGCAAACACGAUUUCCCCAAAUCAUGGCCCACUUUGCUUCCGGAGCUAAUAUCCAACCUCCAUGCGGCCUCCGGCAAUAACGAUUACGUCUCCAUUAAUGGUGUACUCGGUACGGCUAACUCCAUCUUCAAAAAAUUCCGGUAUCAAUACAAAACUAACGAUCUCUUACUUGAAUUGAAGUAUUGCUUGGACAAUUUUGCCGCUCCAUUGUUAGAAAUUUUUCUAAGGACCGCCGGUUUAAUCGACUCAACGGUUAGCUCAGGUGGUGGCUCCCCUGUAACCCUAAAGCCGUUAUUUGAGUCCCAGAGGUUAUGUUGCAGGAUAUUUUACUCGCUGAAUUUUCAAGAGUUGCCUGAAUUCUUCGAGGACAACAUGGACAAGUGGAUGAAUGAAUUUAAAAAAUAUUUAACCACCAGUUAUCCUGCACUGGAGAGCACUGCGGACGGACUAGCUGUAGUUGACGACCUUAGGGCUGCAGUAUGUGAGAACAUUAGUCUUUACAUGGAGAAGAACGAAGAGGAGUUUAAGGGGUAUGUGGAAGGUUUUGCACUUGCUGUUUGGACUCUGUUAGGCAAUGUAUCCCAGUCUUCCACCCGGGACAGGUUAGCUGUUACAGCAAUUAAGUUUUUGACUACUGUUAGUACUAGUGUCCAACACAUUCUUUUUGCCAAUGAUGGGGUCAUCCCACAGAUUUGUCAAAGUAUUGUGAUUCCUAAUGUGCGGUUGAGGGAUGAGGAUGAGGAGCUCUUUGAGAUGAACUACAUUGAGUUCAUUAGGAGGGAUAUGGAAGGGAGUGAUCUUGAUACUAGGAGGAGGAUUGCAUGUGAAUUGCUUAAGGGGAUUGCUACAAAUUAUAGGGCACGGGUAACUGAAUUGGUUGCUGUUCAGAUUCAGAACUUGUUGAACUCAUAUGCUGCUAAUCCUGCAGCAAAUUGGAAGGACAAGGACUGUGCAAUUUAUUUGGUUGUUUCCCUUGCAACUAAGAAGUCUGGGGGCACAUCUGUUUCAACCGAUCUUGUUGAUGUUGAGAACUUUUUUGCACAAGUGAUAUUGCCUGAGUUGCGGAAUCAGGAUGUAAAUGGUUUUCCAAUGCUGAAGGCUGGUGCUCUCAAGUUCUUUACAGUAUUUAGGAGUUUGAUACCAAAGCCUCUGGCAGUUCAGUUGUUCCAAGAUUUGGUCCGGUUCCUGGGUGCUGAGUCUAAUGUAGUUCAUUCUUAUGCUGCAAGUUGUAUAGAGAAACUCUUGUUGGUCAAGGAUGAGGGAGGAAGGCCACGGUAUAAUUCCGCAGAUAUUGCUCCAUUUUUACAAGUGUUAAUGAGUAACCUCUUUAAUGCCCUGAAAUUUCCAGAGUCUGAGGAGAAUCAAUACUUGAUGAAGUGUAUCAUGCGGGUUCUGGGAGUGGCAGAAAUAUCCUCUGAGAUUGCUGCACCUUGCAUUGCUGGAUUGACCUCAAUCCUUAAUGAAGUUUGCAAAAAUCCCAAGAAUCCUAUAUUCAACCAUUAUCUCUUUGAAUCAGUGGCUGUUCUUGUAAGGCGUGCAUGUGAAAGGGACAUCUCUCUCAUCCCAGCCUUUGAAACCAGCCUAUUUCCCAGCCUCCAGAUCAUUUUAGCAAAUGAUGUCACUGAGUUCUUGCCUUAUGCAUUCCAGCUCUUGGCUCAACUUGUUGAAUUGAGUAGACCCCCAAUCUCGCCCAAUUACAUGCAGAUUUUUUCUCUUCUCCUGUCUCCUGAUUCAUGGAAGAGAAAUUCAAAUGUUCCAGCCCUUGUGCGUCUACUCCAAGCUUUCCUUCAGAAAGCACCGCAUGAGCUCAACCAAGAGGGGAGACUCAGCCAGGUGCUCGGGAUAUUCAACAGGCUUGUGGCAUCCCCAAGUACUGAUGAACAGGGUUUCUAUGUGCUUAACACUGUGAUUGAAAAUCUUGACUAUGGUGUCAUUGCUCCAUACAUGGUUCACAUCUGGAAUGCCCUAUUCACACGCCUGCAAAAUAAGCGAACUGUAAAAUUUGUCAAGUCUCUCUUGAUUUUUAUGUCACUCUUUCUGGUCAAGCACGGGUCUGUGAACCUUGUUGACACAAUGAAUGCAGUUCAACCCAAUAUAUUCUUGGUGAUUUUGGAGCAGUUUUGGAUUCCCAACGUUAAGCUAAUCACUGGACCCAUUGAAGUUAAAUUAGCUGCAGUUGCCUCAAGUAAACUUAUCUGUGAGUCUCCUUCCCUUUUGGAUGCUGCAGCUAGUAGACACUGGGGAAAAAUGCUGGAUAGCAUUGUUACCCUUCUCUCCCGGCCAGAAGAGGAUAGAGUUGAAGAUGAACCAGAAAUGCCAGAUAUUGCGGAAAAUGUGGGUUAUACUGCCACAUUUGUCAAUCUUUACAAUGCUGGGAAAAAGGAGGAAGACCCUCUUAAGGACAUAAAGGAUCCAAAGCAAUUUUUAGUUGCUUCACUGGCAAAUCUUUCUGCUCGUUCCCCUGGGAGGUAUCCCCAGGUCAUCAAUGAAAACCUUGAGCCAGCAAAUCAAACAGCAUUAUUGCAGCUUUGUACCACUUACAACUGCCCAAUUGUUUGAAAUCUUAUAUGAAGGAACAGAGGUCUGUUUUGUGGUCAAUUGGACAAGUAUUUUUCAACAUGCUUUUGUGAGCAGAUGGCAUGUUUUACUUUACGGUCGGUGGAUUUAGUCGGCUAAUUAUCUGUUUUUGCAACGUCACAAGGUCUCGUGCAGCGACAGUAUAGGGUCUUACGCGUGGCUUGGGGGAGUUUUACAUUGCUUAAGAGGAUAAUAUCCACAAUGGGCUUUUAUUGGAUUUUGUUGUAACAAAUCACUACCCUUGCUUUGGAGCGAACUAGCGAAGAUAUCACUUAGUUGUCAUGUCAGUGUAUUUCUAUGCCAUGCAUUUUUGUUUGGUCAUCGAGUUCAUGUAAAAGGAGGGGAAAAACAGUUCCUAGAGGGAGUCGGUUCAUUUUCUGUGUAGUUAAAAUUUGGUUGUUAUCUGUUGAAAAUUUUGGCAGUUAUUUGCA